GACCACUAGAGCACUGCAAUGAUGGAACCCAGCGAUGAGGAGACUAUAGAGGCCAAUGAUGGUGCUAUGCGUCCACCAGACUCUGUCCGACCGUUAAAGGCUGGGGGCAAUGAGAAAAGUAUUUCAAUUAAUUACGCGCAUAACCAUGACCAUAGGCAAGUCGAGCUUGAUGCCGAAAAUCAAGACACAUCAACGCCAUUCGUCACCGGCAUGCGCGUUGGCCACGAAUCCAGUGGAACUCCAAACAUCAUCCUACCAUCCAGGAACAGGGGCAAAAGCAAGCUGAAUGUAAUUGAAAAUGAGGAAGAAGAAGACGGGGACGAAGAGAACACUCUCACUGCCGAUGCUCAGGUAAUGCUCGAGCAGGCAUCCAGUACCCUUGGCAUAGCCACCAAUCCCGAGACAUCUACAGGCGAGCCCAAGGCAUCUCCAGAAGAGCCCGACGCUCCAAUCGCGGCGGUGCAGAGCAGGACUUUACACGUCAAGAAGUUCGCUAAACGUCUCGACCACUACGGUCCCAUCCGCAAGGACGAUCUUCCGGACGGCAAUGUCAGAGCUGAGCUUGAGGUUGCUAAGGAGUACAACGUCCGGGCAGUUGUCGUCCGCCCUGAUUGCGUGAAGCUUGCGUGCGAGGUCCUCGCGGAUACCGAUAUAAUUGUUUGUGCAAUCAUCGGUUUCCCCUUCACCUUUGAUGAGUCCGUUGAAGGUCGAUGUAGGGAAGCAGUCGAGGCCAUCAAAGAUGGCGCCGAGGAAAUUGAGUUGAUACCCUGCCAUCACCUUAUGGUGUUUCGGCAGUGGGCCAACGUCUAUUGGGAGGUCAGCAUGAUCCACGGGGUUGUCAAGGACCUGAAAGCGACCAUGAACGUCUUGUUUGAGGACAAUCUGCUCCAAUUUCGCGAUCGUUACGAUAUGGGCCGCCUUUGUGGCCAGAGCGAUGUGCCUUGCGUUGGAGUCUGGCCCGGAACGUCAGAGGCGCUACAGGAUGAUUAUACCAGCCGGAAGAAGCUGGCUAAGCACAUAUACCAAUUGCGACAUGGUCUGGCAGGCCGCUCACUUGCAAAGGUAGCUUAUGCGCUCUAUGAUAUCGAGGAUGCGGUGUUCCUCCUAGCGAGCGGCGUAGAUCGAAUUGGAACGAUCGACAUAGCCAUAAUAAUGGAAGAAGCGGCGGGAUGGGCUGAUUUGGAAACGCCAUUGGAGGUGCGUGUUGGCGAUUGUUUGUACAAGGUCACCUUCAAGAAAGAUGACGGCGAUUAUGAGUAGGAUUAUGAGGACCAGCAACAGUCACACGACAGCACUGAUUAGAAUGCCAUAAAAUAUACACAAAGCAUCAAUGGGC